AGAUUUGUUUUCACCGUUUGUGAAUAGAGAUUGCUUCCAUUCCAUUCCAUUGAAGGUCGAGUUUUUUCUAUCCAUGUCUCUCUUACAACUGGAACCCUAAAUUCAAACUAGUAAAUUCAGAGUGACGAAAAAGCUUUACUUAAAGUGGGGACACGCAGAAGAAGAAGAAGAAGAAGCGUAUCAUUAGACUACUGUUUUCGGCAAAGAUUAAUGGAGUUCAAAAUUCUCUAAUCAAUCAAUCAAACCAACAACGGGAAAGAGAGAGAAAGCAAGAUGUGGCUAUCGAUGAGAGACGAUACGGCGUUGGCGGUGUCGAUAUUCAUCGCCAUUUUAAUGUGCGGGCCUUCCUCCAUCAAUGGCGAAACAGAUCAAACUGACGCUAAUGCUCUUAGGUCAUUGUACAGUAGCUUAAAUUCUCCAGGGCAGCUAACUAAGUGGACAUCAACUGGUGGUGAUCCUUGUGGAGAGUCUUGGAAAGGAAUAGGAUGUUCGGGUUCUAGAGUAACUGCAAUAAAAUUAUCAGGUUUGGGGCUUAGUGGAUCGAAUGGAUUGGGAUACCAGUUAGCAAGUAUGACGGGAGUACAAAUUUUUGACAUAAGCAACAAUUACCUUGGAAACCAAAUACCUUAUCAACUUCCACCAAACGUGGAGCAAUUAAACCUUGCUGGAUGUGGAUUCAAUGGAGGCGUCCCUUAUUCUAUAUCUCAAAUGACUUCUCUGAAAUACCUGAACCUUGGCCGCAAUCAACUUAAUCAAUUGACUGAUAUAUUUGGACAACUUUCUGCACUCUCCACAAUGGAUCUCUCUUUCAAUUCCUUCACAGGUGAUCUUCCAGGAAGUUUUAGCUCCCUCACUAGUUUGACAAAUUUGUAUUUGCAGAACAACCAAUUCACGGGAAAGAUAAAUGUAUUAGCCAACCUUCCACUUAGAAACUUGAAUGUUGAGAAUAAUCAGUUUACUGGAUGGGUUCCAGAACAGCUGAAAGGCAUAAACCUCCAAAAGGGUGGUAAUUCAUGGAAUUCAGGUGCUGCACCCCCACCACCACCUGGCACUCCUCCGCUUCCAAAGAAUGAUAGAAACCGCAAUAACAACUCAUCUUUCCGUGGAAAGAAAUCGGGUAUAGGUGGUGGAGCUGUAGCUGGUAUAGUAAUAUCUCUGUUAGUUGUUGUGGCAAUGAUUGUAAUCUUUGUCAUAAUAAGGAGACGGGCUAGUAAAAGUUCAUCUGCCGAUAUAGAAAAGCAUGAAAAUGAGCCUUUUGCUCCACUUUCAUCACAUGAAGAACUGAAGGCCAUUCAAGGUUCAUCCUCCAUCGAGACAAAACGAUAUGAACCUUCAUUAAGUAUCAAGCCUCCUCCUUCCGAGGGUGGUCAAUCAUUUGACGAAGAUGUCUUGGAGAAACCUAUGAUUCCUAAGAAAGCCUUUGCACCUCCAGUGAAUACUACAAAAUUUUCAAUUGCUGACUUGCAGAUUGCAACAGGAAGCUUCAGUACAGAAUACCUAAUCAGUGAAGGAUCCACUGGACGUGUUUAUCGGGCUCAUUUUGAUGAUGGAAAGGUUCUUGCCGUGGAGAAAAUAAACACCUCUUCCGCUCUUCCAAUUGAUUCAUCUGAAGAUUUCCUUGAGAUAGUGUCAGACAUUUCAAGAUUGCAACAUCCAAAUAUAACCGAAUUGGUAGGUUACUGUUCAGAGCAUGGGCAACACCUGCUGGUUUAUGAGUUCCACAAAAAUGGUUCUCUGCAUGAUUUCUUGCAUCUAUCAGAUGAUGAUUAUACAAAGCCACUGACAUGGAACGGACGAGUAAAGAUCGCCCUUGGAACUGCUCGAGCAUUAGAAUACCUCCAUGAAGUUUGCUCACCAUCAGUUGUUCACAAGAACUUCAAAUCAGCUAAUAUAUUAUUGGACAAAGACCUUAAUCCACAUCUGUCAGCUUCUGGAUUAGCAAAUCUUGUACCAGAUGCAGAUCUGGCCCUGAAUGAUAACGAUGGGUCUGGGUAUAGAGCGCCCGAGGUUGAAAUGUCUGGACAAUAUACUAUAAAGAGCGACGUAUACAGUUUUGGGGUGGUUAUGUUGGAGCUUCUUUCUGGUCGAAAGCCUUACGAUAGUUUUAGACCGAGAAGUGAACAAUCUUUGGUUCGAUGGGCUGCUCCACAACUCCAUGACAUUGAUUCACUAUCCAAGAUGGUCGAUCCCGCACUCAAAGGACUGUAUCCAGUUAAAUCUCUAUCUCGAUUUGCAGAUGUCAUUGCCCUUUGCGUUCAGUCGGAGCCUGAAUUCAGGCCACCGAUGUCAGAAGUGGUGCAAGCUUUGGUUUUACUGGUUCAAAGGGCUAACAUGAGCAAAAGAACAAUCGGAAGUGAACAUGCUAGUGCAUCGUCUGGUGACAGCUUCAAUAUGCGCCGCCCUGGUAGUGAAGUUGUUGAACAGCCUUAAAACGAACUUCCAAUCCAAUCAAAUCAUCACCUGUUUGUGCCUUAAAAAAUACUUUUAUAGAUGGUUUCUUCUUUCAUCUUUAUUGCUUUGGUGAUUCAAUUCUUAAUGGACCCUCUUUUCCUUUUAGUAUGCCAAGUGAUAGCAAUAUUCUUUGAUAAUAUUAGUUUAUGUAACUAAAAUUCUUGCCAAUAAUUAUUGAAUCCUUUUUCCUGUAAA